AUGAUCGUUCCGAUUCCUCGCGCCGUCGUGGAAUCGAAUUGGAUCCACUCGUCGUUGCCUCCUCUCGCCUCCACUCGCCGCAUGUCGGUGUCGACUCGACGGUCGGGAGAGGUGGUGGGCGUGGAAGCAAUUACGGGCUUCCGGGCCGCGUACGAUGAUUGGCCGCCUGCGGAGAUCGUCCCGCGGAGGAGGAUGUGGAGAGUGGUGCGGACGGAGGAGUGUGCAGCGUGGAUCGGAGGUCUUCCGGACUGCGCCUUCUUGGAGGUCUCGGCCAAAAAGGCGUGGAGGAUCGACGACCUCUUCUCUCGUCUCUUCGAAAUGGGAGGCCUCCCCGCCGAGAUGGCUCCCUCCCUCCAUCGUCCCGUUCCUCCCAACUAUCAAGGCCUCGCACCCAACUCUUCCACGCCGCCGACGAAGCGCCUGACGCUGCGUCGGCGUCUGAGCGACGCAUGCGGGGCGAUCGUGAGCAACGUGAGGCGACCGAGCCUCCGCACCGACCUCAUGCUCGUCCGGACCAAGAGCAACCUCCAGGCCCGCUUCUCCAACGGGGAUCGGGCACGGAACCGGGCCAAGAGGUUCUGCGUCAUCCAGUGACGGCCGGGAUGCGGCCCAGCGGUCUCCCUUCGUACCGGGUCAGGUCUCUCCCGUCUCGGUCGUACGACCACGCGUACUUCUUGAAAGCAGAGCGUUUGAAAAGAAUAAAUACGACAGCGGAACUCCUUGUGUGAUUUCCGAGUUUGGUGUCUUUCAGCAUCGGUGUCUCUUGUACAUUACUUCCGCUAUAUUCCACUUUUCUUUAUGUGAUACAAGUUGCUCGUACUUUUCUCUGGAGGUGAUCUCUGUUUUUGUUGUUGCUGUGCUUAAAAAUACGAAAAGAAGUCCCGG